AUAUAUUUUAUUAUUAUUUUUAUAGAAUAAUUGAUCAAAACCCGAGAAACCCUAAUCUUGUCACCAGAAUCGUAUGCGAACUGCGUCUCUGCGAUCUCACAAGUCCCAACUUCCAAGUCGAGAUUUCCAGCUCGCCAUGGCCGACACCUCCAAAAAAUUUCCAGCCUCGCCGUCGCCACCAAGCCACGCACUCUCUGCUCAUGUUUAAUUUCUCCCUUUUUCUUUCUUGCUUCCCACCCUCUCUGCUCUAACAAAAAGACACCAGAUCUUACUUGUUUCUCUCCUUGUAUCCAAAAGCCACCAAAUCUUUCACUGGUCAGUUCCUCUCCUGGCGGCAUGGCAUUGGAGACAAUUUUAUAUUACCUAUAUUGGAGGGAAUUUGGAAGUGUUUAUGACAUAUCUUAAGGACUAUAGACUUUGAUGUGCCAGAGUUUUUGGACAGUGGAUCUUAGUAUUUCUUCUACAGUAAUGGAUUCUAAUGUCACCACAGGCAGUACAAUAUAUGAACCACGUGAUGAUAUGGUCUUUGAUUCACAUGAAGCUGCUUAUUCAUUUUACAAAGAAUAUGCCAAGUCUGUUGGCUUUGGUACUGCCAAAUUGAGUAGUCGGAGGUCAAGGGCAUCAAGGGAGUUCAUUGAUGCAAAAUUCUCAUGCAUAAGAUAUGGAAAUAAACAGCAGUCUGAUGAUGCAAUUAAUCCACGACCUUCUCCAAAAAUUGGUUGCAAAGCAAGCAUGCAUGUGAAGAGAAAACCUAAUGGGAAAUGGUAUAUUUACAGUUUUGUGAAGGAGCAUAAUCAUGAGCUCUUACCAGCCCAGGUGCACUUCUUUCGAAGCCACAGAAAUGUUGAUCCUCUUAAGAAUGAUGCUAGAAUAAGGAGACGAAAGAAUAUGACUGCAGUGUCCAAAUUAUUUGGCGCAUAUCAAAAUGUUGAUUGUUUGGAUGGAUAUAUGAGAAAUCAGCAUGAUAAGGGGCGAAGUUUGGUUCUACAAGCAGGAGAUGCUCAAAUACUACUUGAACUUUUUAUGCAUAUGCAGGAAGAGAACCCUAAGUUUUUCUAUGCUGUUGAUUUCAAUGAAGAACAUAAGUUGAGAAACUUGUUCUGGGUUGAUGCAAAAGGAAUGGAAGACUACAACAACUUUGGUGAUGUGGUUUAUUUUGAUACUACAUAUUUCACCAACAAGUACAAAAUCCCUUUGGUUCUAUUUAUUGGAGUGAACCAUCAUAUUCAACCUAUAUUGCUUGGUUGUGCAUUGAUUGCAGAUGAGACGGUUUAUACCUUUUUUUGGUUAAUGCAAACAUGGUUUAUCGCCAUGGGGGAGCGUGCUCCAAGAGUGAUACUCACUGAUCAAAAUAAUGCCAUAAAAACAGCUAUUGGAGCUGUCUUUCAACAAUCACGUCAUUGUUUUUGCUUGUGGCACAUAUUGGAGAAGAUCCCCCGGCAGCUUGAGUAUUUGAGUCCAUGGCUUGAUAGUUUUAUGGUAAAAUUUAAUAAGUGUAUAUUUAAAUCAUGGACAGAGGAUCAGUUUGAAAAGAGGUGGUGGAAAUUGCUUGACAAAUUUAAUCUUAGGGAGGUUGAAUGGGUUCAGUCAUUGUAUGAAGAUCGUAAAUAUUGGGUUCCUACUUUCAUGCGAGAUGUGUCCUUUGCUGGUUUGUCUACAACAUUGCGCUCUGAAAGCGUGAGCUCUUUAUUUGACAAAUAUGUGCAUUGGGAAACAUCAAUGAGAGAGUUUAUAGAGCAAUACAAAUUAAUUCUUGAAGAUAGGUGUGAGGAAGAAGCCAGAGCAGAUUUUGAUUCUUGGCAUGAGACGCCAGAGAUGAAGUCUCCAUCACCUUUUGAGAAACAAAUGUCAUUUGUAUACACACAUGAGAUUUUCAAGAAAUUUCAAUUUGAGGUUUUGGGAGCAGCUGCUUGUCAUCUCAAGAAAGAAGAAACUGAGGAUGAGACUACCACAAUUUAUACCGUAAAAGAUUUUGAAGAUAAUCAAAAUUAUAUGGUGGAGUGGAAUGAAUCAAAAUCGGAAAUAUGUUGUUUAUGUCGUUCAUUUGAAUACAAAGGUUAUCUCUGCAGGCAUGCUAUUGUUGUUCUUCAAAUGUCUGGUGUAUUCAGAAUCCCGCCUAAAUAUGUAUUGCAACGGUGGACAAAUGCUGCUUUGAGCAAGCAUGCCAUCAGUGAAAGACUGGAUGAGGUGCAAAGUAAGGUCCGGCGUUACAAUGACUUGUGUCGACGAGCAAUAAUUUUGGGUGAAGAGGGUUCACUUUCUGAAGAGAGUUACAAUAUUGCAUUAUGUGCCAUAAAAGAAGCUUUGAAGCAAUGUGCAAAUCUGAAUAACUCUGUUGAGAAUGGUGUUGGUCCUACCGCCCUAGUUAGCAUUGAGGAAGAGAAUCAGUGUGGUUCUACAUCCAAAGAUGUACCAGAUGCUCACUCCAUUAGUGCAAACAAGGCUUCCAGGAGAGUUGAAGCUGGGAAGGAAAAGGAAAAUGAUGAAAGUAACACAUUUAGAAAAGGAAAGCUGGUACCUCAGUCUGGAGCAGUUAACGUUGGGGUACAGGAUAGCUUCCACCUAGUGGAGAUGUGCAACCUAGAGGCUGCGCAAUCACAUAAUAUGGUGUCAGCACAGUUGCAGAAUGUGGUUCCAUCUGUGUUUCAUAGUAUGACAUCAACACAGUUUCACAGUAUGGCUCCUUCCCAUCUGCCUGAGGCUCGACUUCCUCGGUAGUCUGCUCUUGUAUUUUCUUGUAAAGAUUCUGUAAACUUUGAUGGCUAUAGGACUGUAGAAGAAGAACCUAACCAAUUUGCAGGUACGAUCGGUGGCCAAAAGUAUGACAUGUCUGUUGUGCAGUUGACAAAAAUUUUGUUUCAGUGCCCAGCUGAAGUUGGAAAAAGUAGGGUAAGCUGGCUUUUAACUUGUGCAUAAAUUAUUUAUGUAUACAAUUGUUUUAUUUUCUCCUGUUUACUGUUAAUAGGACUGUAAGUAUUUUAUUGGGCAAGGCGUCACAAGAUGCAAUUGUAAAACCUUUUGAUUCAGUAUUUCUUUUAAGACGAAGUCUUUUAGUUA